UGCAGUCGCAGCUCUCGUCCGAGUUUUGUGCAAGUUCCAGUCAAGUUCACCUUGUGUUUGUUCCGUUUGUUGCUACUAGCAACGUGUGCGCAACCGUUACUCACUCAUCAAAUUAAAAAUGGAUUUAAUGUACAACCACUUCGACUUCAACGUCUUGAAAUCACUAAAAACCACCACCACGGCUUCGAAGAAAUUAAACAUUCGCCAAAAAAGUAGAAAGUGUUUAUUUGGAGCUACAAACCAAGAAGAAACUUAUCAAAUGGUUAAAGAGAAUUUUGAUCAAGAAAAAGAGAGGUUUUUCUAUCGAUUUGGAAUCCACAUGGAGGAUUUAGAUCGUUUGGCGAUAGAUGAAGAUGAAUACAAGAAAAAUAAGUUGCGUCCGGUGAUGCCUGCGCCUGCACCUUCAUCUUCCCACGUUGGCGGUGGUAAAAUCACCAACAAGAAGACAAUUCGAAUGAAACGCGCGCUAAAACCUUACAACGCAAACAAUCAACCAUCCACUCAUCAGACUCAGCUACAACAACAACAACAAAUGAAAAUAACCGAUUUCUGCCAGGUGAAAAAGUCGCCCACGUCUAAUCUAAAUCUACUGCCGGUUGAUGCCAAGAAGAUGCCUCAACAAACACUGUGACUACGUGCAUCGCCUAUGACCAAAUUAUGUUGAUGUAUAAUUUAUUGAUUACGUGUUAUUCUAGUCUUUAUGCAAAUAUUAUUUUGGCAAAAAGCAAUUUGUUGUUAAUGUUGUUAAAUGCCGAACGUUUUUUCUUUUUAAAUAAAAAAUGUCUAAAAAUUAAA